AUGCAAGACGGAGGACCGCUUACCUCAGAGGUGUAUGGAAAAUCCACAGUCUACGCAGUCGUCAAGGCGGGCAGCGCCGGGCGGGGUACUUCCAGGCAUGGAGAGGAUAGAGGAUCCGGUGGUCUUCACACAUGCACCACACAAGUAGGCACAAAUGCACCAGCCGCCGGGGCCCAUUCGACACGUCCUCGGACGGACGAGCGUCGAGCAGGUACUUCACACUCACACUCACACUAA